AUUGGUCAAAAUUUAAAUUACUGCAAAGCAGUUUUCCACAGAUACAGGGAACUGAAGGUUGGGCCUCUCAUUUCAUUUGUCCAAACCAUUGGAGAAACGGCGCCUUUGCAGUGGCACAAUUG